UUCCUGUGGAAAUGUAAACACUGGCUUUGUAAAGAUAAACGGACUGGCGGUCGUUUACAUAAAACUUGCUGUAAUAGGAUCGAUCUGUAUAUUGUAAACAUCUAUACUAUAUAUAAAGCAUAAAACACGUUGUAAGUUUAUGUCUUACAGUAAACGCAUACGGAAUUAAAUACAUUUAGAAUAUGACGGAAGUUCCGAAAUCUCCUACGAGUCAAGUAAAAACUCCAGGGAGCCCUGUGCCAUCAGAUGUCGCUGAACGAAAGAAACACGGGGACAUAGUUCUCAUAGCUAUGGACGGCAGCGAGUACUCGGAAUAUGCAUUGCAAUUCUACAUGGACUCCAUACAUAAGCCUGGGAACCACGUGGUAAUCGUGCACUCAACAGAAUAUAAAUGUAUUUCAUACCCCGCGGUAGCAGUAAUGGGCGGAAGUUCAGAUAUGACAAUGAUGACAAAAGAGAUCGAAGCUGAAGAAUUAAAAAGCAACGAGUGUGUUGAAAAGCUUACGCAACGGAUGAACAAUCUUAAGAUUGACGGAGAGAUUGCCCGCAUCCAUGGUGAACCUGGACCGGCUAUACUCACUAUUGCCAACGAAAAACAUGCCGACUUUAUCGUUAUUGGUUGUCGUGGUAAAGGUUCAGUGCGGCGGACAUUUACUGGAAGUGUGACUGACUAUGUUACCCAUCAUUCCUCGGUGCCCGUGAUGAUAGCUAGACAUAAAGAUCAUUUGAAACACCAUCAUGGUUUCCACUUACACAAUCCGUUUCAUCACCAUAAGAAGCACGCGGAGAAAUGAUUUUGUGUUUUGUAGUGUCGGAACUUUCACGCACAGUUUUGUUUCUGUUUAAACAUGACUGAUUCAUUUUUCAAUGUUUAUAUUUCAUUGCUAUUACAUGAAUGCCAGAAGUUAAUAAUAAAUGCAUAACAUCCUGCAGUAAUGGGCUCGCGCGAGAAGCGCAUCUAAAGUCACCAUUUUUUCACACUUUACACUGAUGUAAAUAACGUUGUGUUAUGCCAAUACGAGUUCACUACUUCGAAAAUAUAAUUUCACUGGUAAAGGAGGAAGAAUCGAAUAUUCAUAUUAAAAUAUAAUAAUAUAAAAAGACAAACGUACGCAUAAUUUCGCAAAGAAAAAUUGAAAAUUUAUACCCUCCUAUUUUUCUGUUUUUGUUUUAACGCCGCACCGACACAGUUAUAGGUCAAAUGUUUGAUGAUGGAGGAAGACCCAAGUCUCCCUCCUAACUUAAAUGUAAAUUAAAUCUGAACAUGUCACAGAACGUUUUAUAUUCAUUUCGGUAAAUCACUAAAUAAACAAUGAAUUGUGCACGAUUAAAAUAUAUAUUUCAGUGUUGCACUCCAGAUAUAUCCAUUCAAAAAUACUUCGUCUGAUAUUCAAUUAUUCAUUCUGUGUAUAUGUAUAUGUAUAACAAAGCUGUAAUAAUUUG